CAUCCUUUGCCCUGUUUACUAUUGGACGUUUGUAUAUCUCAUAAUUCACCUCGUAUGUACUCAAUCUUAACUGCUAUCACAUUUCAGUCUAUUCCUUGUGAUUACAUGUACAUGAUAAGGGAUUGAAGGACAAAAUUUUGUACUUUUGGUCUCAAUGGAAAACAUGGUUCACCCAUUCGCAGUUGUUUUCUGUGCAUUUCUUUUAAGCGAUUUCCAUGGAUAUUUUGUGUACGGGGCCAACAAAAGCAAAGGCUCUGACAAUGAACACCAGCAGCAACUAUUCAACCUACUGGUAUCUCAAAACCGGCGAUUUGAAAUCCUUGAAUCCAGAAAUCGUGAAUUACUGGCAAUGGUGGAAAGGCAAACGAAACAAAUGAGUCAUAUGGCUAGCAAUAUCCUAGAGUUGCAGGAAACAGUAGAGAAGCAAAGACACCAGCUUGAUAGCGUUUACAAGAUAUUGAAGGAAAACACUAAUGAUAAAAGAACUGAAACGUAUACCAAUGACAACACUGACCAGAAAAAACGGCUAUUAGUCGGAACAUUGGCAGUGCCAGUCGCCUUCCAAGCCUACCUCAGCAGAGCACAAACAAAUCCAAACGGACACCAAACUAUCAUCUUCGACAAUGUGGAACUCAAUGUCGGCAAUGGCUACCAUCAUACAUCCGGGAUCUUCGUGGCUCCAGAGGCCGGAAUCUAUGCCUUCUCCUGGUCGAUCCGUCUGUUUGGUAAUGCUUCACAUUCCGCCCAGCUGAUGGUCGGGGACCAGGAGUAUGACGGGGUGUACCUGUCUGUGAGGAACGGUGACAACGAGAACGUCAGUGGCACGGCGGUGGCUCAGCUGGAGAGAGGACAGGACGUGUUCGUCAGGACCCACGCGGCCUUCAACUAUGGCGACAUCCACAGUGACCCACUAGGUCGAUCAUCUUUCUGCGGGUGGAGGGUGAACUGAUUUUAUCAUUGUUUUAAUAAAUACAUUUAAAACCUUU